AUCGAAUGUCUCGUAGAUUGGGACUCUAAAAUAUCUCUUGUCUUUCAAGCCGUUGAGCUGAUCCAAAAGGCUCUAGACGCCGGCGCCACUCGUGCCACUCUUCUCGAGGAACAGAAAGACCUGCGUGACAAGAGCCCGCACCAUACUUCACUCUGGCUGUUCCACAGCGUUAUU